UUUUUUAGUUUUAAAAAUGAAACAAGCACAGCGCUGUACUCUGCAAUGUAAAAAUAAUUUUUUAAAAUAUUUUUUAAAUGUUAUAAAUAAUUAUUAAAUCGCUGUUAUUUGCCAAAAAUGGCUGACAUGUUUUUGUUUUGAUUCGUUGAUUGAUCAACAAGCUGCAUCAAGCAUCAACAAGCUUCAAAAUAAAAAAAUAAAAUUACCAACAAACUCUAUUUUACAACAAUGAGAAACAUUGAGAUUAAAGCUGUUUUAAAAAACCGCGAAUCAGUUGAGGAUAGAGCCAAAAGUCUUUCUGGUUCUGGACCAACAAUUAUCAAACAAUCUGAUACAUUUUUCGAGGUACCAAAAGGCCGGCUAAAGUUGAGAUCAUUUGAGGAUGGAUCUGGUGUGUUGAUUUUUUAUGAACGACCAGAUGUUGAAGGUCCAAAACUAAGUCAAUAUAACAUGGUUAAAUUGGAAGAUCAAGUGGCAUGUGAUGGAUUGAAGGGCAUAUUGGGGAAGACAAAUGGUAUCAUUGGUGUUGUUGAUAAGAUUCGUCAUCUUUAUAUUGUUGGACAAUCGAGAAUUCACAUUGAUCAAGUUGAUAAUCUAGGAAAUUUCAUGGAAAUUGAGGUUGUUUUACAAGACGAUGAGGAUGUCAAAAUUGGUGAAGAAAUUUCGAAAAAUUUAAUGAGUAAAUUGGGUAUUUGUGAUGAUGAUUUAAUUUCAACAGCUUACAUUGAUUUACUUGCACAAAAAAAUUGA